CGCCUCCAUAUUUUUGUCAACUUUUAGCCUCUCAGGCUCAGGUGCUGGUUUUACUGUCGCCUUGAAGUCCGCUCUGUUUGCUCAGCCUCCCGGAAGGGAGCUGUGCCGCUCUGGGGAGAAGGUCGUUGUGCCUCGGUGCGGCGUCCUUCCCCUCCCGACGGGGAGCCGGUGGGAGAGGACGACGGCCGGCGGGGGGGAGGAGGCGGCCCUAGCGCCAUUUUGUGGGAGCGAAGCGGCAGCUGGGCUGUUCCUGGAACCGUCGCUGCUUCGGGUUCCCUGUCGGGCUUCCUAGCAGCGGCCUAACGGAAAACUAAGAGAAGAUGUCUGAAUAUAUUCGGGUAACCGAAGAUGAGAACGACGAGCCCAUUGAAAUACCAUCAGAAGACGACGGGACCGUGCUGCUGUCCACGGUUACAGCCCAGUUUCCAGGGGCCUGUGGGCUGCGCUACAGGAAUCCAGUGUCUCAGUGUAUGAGAGGCGUCCGGUUGGUGGAAGGAAUUCUGCAUGCUCCCGAAGCCGGCUGGGGAAAUCUGGUAUAUGUUGUCAACUAUCCCAAAGAUAACAAAAGAAAAAUGGACGAGACGGAUGCUUCUUCAGCAGUGAAAGUGAAAAGAGCUGUCCAGAAAACAUCUGAUUUAAUAGUGUUGGGUCUCCCGUGGAAAACGACUGAACAGGAUCUAAAAGAAUAUUUUAGUACCUUUGGAGAGGUUCUUAUGGUUCAGGUCAAGAAAGAUCUCAAAACUGGUCAUUCAAAGGGGUUUGGUUUUGUUCGUUUUACGGAAUAUGAAACCCAGGUGAAAGUAAUGUCACAGCGACAUAUGAUAGACGGACGAUGGUGUGACUGUAAACUUCCUAAUUCUAAGCAAAGCCCAGAUGAGCCUUUGAGAAGCAGGAAGGUGUUUGUUGGGCGCUGUACAGAGGACAUGACCGCCGAUGAGCUGCAGCAGUUUUUUUGCCAGUAUGGAGAAGUGGUAGACGUCUUCAUUCCCAAACCGUUCAGGGCUUUUGCCUUCGUGACGUUUGCAGACGAUCAGGUUGCCCAGUCUCUUUGUGGAGAGGACUUGAUCAUUAAAGGAAUCAGCGUCCAUAUAUCCAAUGCUGAACCUAAGCACAAUAGCAAUAGACAGUUAGAAAGAAGUGGAAGAUUUGGUGGUAAUCCAGGUGGCUUUGGGAAUCAGGGUGGUUUUGGUAACAGUCGAGGGGGUGGAGCUGGUUUGGGAAACAAUCAAGGUAGUAAUAUGGGUGGGGGGAUGAACUUUGGCGCUUUUAGCAUUAAUCCGGCAAUGAUGGCGGCUGCCCAGGCGGCACUGCAGAGCAGCUGGGGCAUGAUGGGCAUGUUAGCCAGUCAGCAGAACCAGUCAGGCCCAUCGGGUAAUAACCAAAGCCAAGGCAACAUGCAGAGGGAGCCAAAUCAGGCCUUUGGUUCUGGAAAUAAUUCCUAUAGUGGUUCUAAUUCAGGUGCAGCGAUCGGUUGGGGAUCCGCAUCAAAUGCAGGGUCAGGCAGCGGUUUUAACGGAGGCUUUGGCUCAAGCAUGGAUUCUAAAUCUUCGGGCUGGGGAAUGUAGACGGUGGGGUUGGUAGAGACUGGUGGGAAUUCAAAUUUUUCUAAACACAUGGUAAGUAUAUUGUAAAAUACAUAUGUACCGAGAAUUUUCAGAAUUGGUCUGUUCAGUGUGGAGUAUAUUCAGCAGUAUUUUUGACAUUUUUCUUUAGAAAAAGAGGAAAAGCUAAAGGAAUUUUAUAAGUUUUGUUACAUAAAGGGUUGAAAUAUUGAGUGUUUGAAAGUGAACUGCUGUUUGCCUGAUUGGUUAAAAAAAACAAAAAACCCAACACACUACAAUUGAUAUCAAAAGGUUUCUCCUGUAAUAUUUUAUCCCUGGACUUGUCAAGUGAAUUCUUUGCAUGUUCAAAAUGGAAACCAUUGAUUAGAACUACAUUCUUUUCUCCUUGUUUUAAUUUGAACCCCACCAUAUGAAUUUUUUUUCCGUAGGAAAAUCUCCUUUUUUGGAGAUCAUGGUGUCACAGUGUUUGGUUCUUUUGUUUUCGUUUUUGUUUUUUUUUAACACUUGUCUCCCUUCAUAUGCAAAAGUACAAUAUGAAGCCUUCAUUUAAUCUCUGCAGUUCAUCUCAUUUCAAAUGUUUAUGGAAGAAGCACUUCAUUGAAAGUAGUGCUGUAAAUAUUCUGCCAUAGGAAUACUUCCGUCUACAUGCUCUCUCAUUCAAGACUUCGUCAUCACACUGCACAGGCUGCGUCUUUGACGGUGGGUGUCCCAUUUUUAUCCGCUACUCUUUAUUUCAUGGAGUCGUAUCAACGCUAUGAACGCAAGGCUGUGAUAUGGAACCAGAAGGCUGUUUGAACUUUUGAAACCUUGUGUGGGAUUGAUGGUGGUGCCGAGGCAUGAAAGGCUAGUAUGAGCGAGGAAAGGAGAGAGCGCGUGCAGAGACUUGGUGGUGCAUAAUGGAUAUUUUUUAACUUGGCGAGAUGUGUCUCUCAAUCCUGUGGCUUUGGUGCGAGAGUGUGCAGAGAGCAAUGAUAGCAAAUAACGUACGAAUGUUUUUUGCAUUCAAAGGACAUCCACAUCUGUUGGAAGACUUUAAGUGAGUUUUGUUCUUAGAUAACCCCGUUAGUUGGAUGUGUUAAGUGAAACGAUACUUGUAUUUCCCCUCCCCUUUUGUCAACUGCUGUGAAUGCUGUAUGGUGUGUGUUCUCUUCUGUUCCUGAUCUGUAAGUGUGGUCCUGUGAACUGAAGCUGGUGGGUUGAGAACAUGGACUGAGCUUGUGGUGUGCUUUGCAGGAGUACUUGGAAGCAGAGUUCACCAGUGAGCUCGGGGUGUCGCCACGAAGGGUGGAAGUUCUAAUGUCUGUCAGCUACCCAUAAGAAUGCUGUUUGAUGCAGUUCUGUGUCCUGUGCUUGGAUGCUUUUUAUAAGAGUUGUCAAUGUUGGAAAUUCUUAAAUAAAACUGAUUUAAAUAAUAUGUGUCUUUGUUUUGCAGCCCUGAAUGCAAAGAAUUCAUAGCAGUUAAUUCCCCUUUUUUGACCCUUUUGAGAUGGAACUUUCAUAAAGUUUCUUGGCAGUAGUUUAUUUUGCUUCAAAUAAACUUAUUUGAAAAGUUGUCUCAAGUCAAAUGGAUUCAUCACCUGUCAUGCAUUGACACCUGAUACCCAGACUUAAUUGCUAUGUUCUUGCAUUGUCCAAAGUGAAAAGUUUUUUUUUUUUCUUUUUAAACCUAGUUUUUAAUAAGUCUGGGUGACCGCACCUAAAAUGGUAAGCAGUACCCUCCAGUUUUUUUAUUAGUGCCUCUGUGCAUUUGGGUGAUGUUCUAUUUACAUGGCCUGUAUGAAUCUCCAUUGGGAAUCAUGCCUUCUAAAAAUAUUCUUAUUUGGGGGGAGUGGGAAAAACAACGUUGAUUAUUUUCAAAUGCUUUGUAGCAAAGCAUAGCAGUUGGAAAGGAGGGCAUUUCAGCACCUUUCUAGUUUGGGAUUUGAAAAGUGGAAUUAAUUGCAGUAGGGAUAAAGUAGAAGAAACCACAAAUUUAUCUUGUGCCUGAAAUCCAUUACAAAGCCUGAUAGCUUUAAGAACUAGCAGGGUGGGAUGUCUGUCUGAAAGUGUUAAGUGAAAUGGGCUUUGUCCUCCACAGGUGGGGGAAUAGAGUAACGUUGAAUGAAAUCGUUGACAGAAAACUCAGAUUAGACUCUCACGGCGCAUUGUGCAGUAUGUAAAAGCAAUAAUCUAUGAUUCUCUGUUGUACUUUUUAUGUAACUGCUGUGAGAGUUGAGCUUGUUUUCUGAUGGAAGAAUGUUAACAUUUUUGUGUCGGUAGCUUACCUGAUGCCCUUCUCUAAUUAGAUGAUGAUAACUAGGUUUGUCAUUUUUCAAGUUACGUGUUUUAAGCUUUUAGAAAUGAAGUCGUCCUUUAGACUUGUGAUCGCCACGUUGUUUCGUUACUCAGUUUCCUCUGUAAAAGGAUCUUGCAUUGUUUUAAUUUUUUUCUGCAUCUCCAUUGCAUGAUUUCCAAACCCUGUACCAUCUGAAUUUUGCAUUUUAGCACUUGCACUGUUACUCAGCAGCAGUAACUUGGUAACACUUAAAAUGGUAUUCGGGGACCUCCAAAGACUAAACUGACAAGCCUUCAAGGAGCCCAGGGGUAAGUUCACUUGUCAAUGGCAUGGUUUUAAUCCCUUACUUGCACUUGUUGUGAAUCUAGUUUCCGGUCUUAGAAGGCUUUCAAUGUGUAGCAGCCUUCUGUUAACAAUGUUUGUGGUACUAGUAGCUGUGGGUAUUUAAUUCUACCCUUAAAAUUAAAAAAAAAGAAAGAAAGAAA